CAGACAAGGAAUGCAACUCACCUUUACAAAUACGGUUAUGCAACUCACUCCUUGGUGCAUGGCGACCGGAACCCUUCAACAAAAGGACGAGCUGAGGCGUCGGUGCAAAUGAAGCGCGGGUUCGAUGGCGGCGGCGCGUGAAGGAGAGGCUUAGGUCGUGGGUCUCAACUGCGUUGAAGUCUUGCUUCUUCAAUCGAAAUCUGCAGAGGAGAACGCUGCAGAAUUGGAGUUCCGCACUUCCUCUGCCACCGCACGCCAAUUGUUUGUUGGUUUGCCUCUGUGAGCCCUCACACUCAUAAUUCUAAUGUCGAGUUCCUUCUCAACAUUCUGAUUAAGGGGUCGAUGCUCGCGAGAAAAGGUGUUGCCUUUGUUUCACGGUGUAAUCCACACCUCUUGAGUAAACUCAGUUUUUGCUCUGAGGCCUAUCGGAGAAUUCCCAAUAAGGAGGAUGAAGCUACGGCUCAUUCCGUACCAGUUCCUGAUUUUUCCAGUAGCCUUCAUAAUCUCUCUCCAUUAUUCUCUGAUGGUAAACUUCCUUCAAAUGGUUACACUAUUGAGCUUGUGGAUCACGACGCUUGGCGGGUCUCAUCAGGACUAUCUCAAGCUGGGCAAGUUAGGGAACGGGGUACCCCAGAAGCAAGUUCUAUAGGUCAGGAAGAAACUGAUGAAUUCCCUGAUUUCAAUCACUCCGAUGUUGAGGAUGAUGUUGAUUUUGAAGACAUUGAUAAUAUGAGAAUUCGUGGAAAUCUGUUCUACAAACUUGAAAAGAGUUCUAAAGAGUUUGAAGAAUAUAAUCUAGAGUUUCACAGGAAGAAAUCUCCAAAGAAAAGAGAUGAUGGGAACGAUAAUUCCAAAAAGGAAAAGAAAACUUGCCCAAGUCCUAAAACCUCCAAACUUCAACAAGUCCCAAGCACUAAAAGUGCUAAUAUACCUCAGCUUCGUCAAGCUAAUGUUACUUCUGUGGAGAACAAGAAGCAGAGGACUCUUACUUUUCCAGCUUACAACCAGCUUACAGGUCCAUAUCAUGAGCCAUUUUGCUUGGAUAUAUUCAUAUCCAAAGCCUCUGUUCGUGCUUGUGUUGUUCAUAGGGUGACAAGCAAGGUGGUUGCUGUGGCUCAUUCUAUUUCAAAGGAUAUGAAGUUUGACUUCACUUCCACUAAGAACAAAAGCACCUGUGCUGCUGUAGGGGCUUUACUAGCUCAAAGAGCAUUAGCUGAUGAUAUUCAUGAUGCGAUCUACACACCAAGGAAAGGAGAGAGGCUGGAGGGUAAGCUUCAAAUUGUUCUUCAGUCUAUCAUUGAUAAUGGCUUUAAUGUGAAGGUGAAGAUUAAACAAAGAAACCCAAGAAGGCUUUUCAAUCACUUAAGAAUUAGUGACAUUGACACACGAUAAAGUGUCAAUGUGUAAUUUGAACUGUUGGUGUGUGCCUAAACAUGAAUGCUGGAUACAUGCCAACACAAAAGGCUUGAUAUCUGAAGCAUAGAUGCUUCAUAGCCAGCCACUUCUAGCAAAGGAACGAGCUCAUUUAAUUGGCUCUCUUGGUUUUGUCUGUUGACUCACUUGAUUGGUUUGAUGUAUUAUGCGGUCGUUAUAUGCAAUGAAUAUGCAUAAUUUCAUUAUCGUAAGUGGAUGUAAGGCUUCAAGCACCUUCUAAUCUUGUGUUUUGGAAUUCCAUUACCCCAAAAUGAAGCGAAAACUAAUUUGUGUUUCCAAAAUUCCAUGGAAGCUCGCUACCUUAUGGACUGGGAUUUCAAGCUUGCUACUUUCUCUUGGUUUGGAUGCACAAGUUACAGUAUGCCUCGCUGGAUAGCAUGUUCCAUAAUUUCUGAUGGAAUUUCAAAGGAGGAUUCAGUGUCCACACUUUUGUUCGUUUUGCUUGAAAACUGGUGAAUGAAAAUUGCAGGUGGCACCAAUAUGGGUGUUGGGUACAUGGCUUUUGUUGUAUUAGAGGCUUUGAUCAAGAAAGGAUUAGAGCUUUGUUAGAAUAGAGGCUUCAAAGCAGUGGAAAUCUAUGCCGACUACGUGGAAGCUGUGAAUCUUCUUACCAAAAAAGAGAUCCCUCUCAUCCAUUUCAUGA